UAUGCCGCCGCGGUACAGCAUGUUCCCGGUGUAGGUAAGCAAGUUGCUGGCUUGAUAGACUUUUUGUACAAGGAAGGUGGUCUAUCUUUCGAGACAUUGCAAGUGAUCGGUCACAGUUUGGGUGCUCACAUCUCUGGGUUUACCGGCAAAAAUGUACAAAAUGGACGUAUUAGUCAAAUUACCGGCUUGGAUCCUGCUCUGCCCAUGUUCAGUUAUGAUGAUUCCUCUAGUCGUCUGAACCAAAAUGAUGCCGACUAUGUCGAAUCUAUUCAGACGAAUGGUGGUCUUUUGGGUUUCUUGAAGCCAAUUGGUAAAAGUGCUUUCUACCCCAACGGUGGAAAAAGUCAGCCUGGUUGUCGACUGGAUAUUGUCGGUUCGUGUGCCCAUGGACGCUCAUGGAUGUACUAUGCUGAAGCUGUUGCCAAUAAUAACUUCGCCUCCGUAAAAUGUGAAGAUUAUGAGGCGGCUGUAGCAAAGUCUUGUGGUAGCACUUAUUCUUCGGUUCGCAUGGCAGCACCCAGCAACUUUGUCAAUGCUUUUGGUGAAUUCUAUGUACCAGUAAAUAACCAAUCCCCUUACGGUAAGGGUCAAUAAGAUUGGCUGCAGGAUAUUUAGAAAUCAUAAAUUAUGAAUAUGUACAUAUGUUUGAACUCUUUCUAAAUAAAAAACAAGUGAGGGCAGUGCUGUCUUCGCUAUGCUGAAGGCUUCAUACCUUUCAUGAACAUCAGAAAAUUUUA